AUGUCUGUAGUAGGAGUCGACUUGGGUACGCUCAACAGCGUCAUCGCUGUUGCGCGGAAUCGUGGUGUCGAUGUUAUUGCAAAUGAGGUUUCCAACCGCGCAACACCAUCACUAGUAGGCUUCGGCCCCAAGAGCAGAUACAUUGGUGAGAUGGCCAAGAACCAAGAAAUUUCCAACCUCAAGAACACCGUCUCGUCGUUUGUGCGCCUCGCCGGCCGCAGUCUCCAAGAUCCAGAUGUCCAGGUUGAGCAGGACUUUGUCUCUGCCCAGCUCGUCGACAUCGACGGCCAGGUGGGCGCAGAGGUCAACUACCUGGGCAAGAAGGAGCGAUUUACCGCCACCCAAAUCACCGCCAUGCACCUCACAAAAAUGCGGGCCACAGCCUCUGCCGAGCUCAAGCUGCCCGUAAACGACAUUGUCCUCAGCUGCCCCGUGUGGUACACCGACGCCCAGCGCCGCGCCAUUCUCGACGCCGCAGAGAUUGCCGGCCUCAAGUGCCUAAGACUCAUCAACGACAACACCGCAGUCGCCCUCGGCUGGGGUAUUCCAAAGCUCGACCUGCCUGGCCCAGAGGAGAAGCCACGGAGAGUCGUCUUUGUCAACAUUGGCCACAGCAACUACACAGCCACUGUUGUCGAGUUCCGAAAGGGCGAACUCGCCGUCAAGUCGAGCGCUUGGGACAGGCACUUUGGUGGCCGCUACAUCGACAAGGCCCUUGUCGAGCACUUCGCCAAGGAAUUCAAGGAGAAGUACAAGAUCGAUGUCAUGGAGAACGGAAAGGCGCGUUUCCGUCUCGCUGCUGGUGUUGAGAAGCUCAAGAAGGUUCUCUCUGCCAACAACAUGGCGCCCAUCAACGUCGAGUCCAUCAUGAACGACGUUGACGUGCGUGGUAUGCUCAAGCGUGAGGAGCUCGAGGAGCUGAUUAAGCCUCUCCUUGAGCGCGCCACUGCGCCCAUUGAGCAGGCUCUCGCCGAGGCCAAGCUUACCGUCGAAGACAUUGACUCGAUUGAGAUGGUCGGCGGAUGCACACGUGUCCCUGCGCUCAAGACGAAGAUCCAAGACUUCUUUGGCAAGCCCCUGUCCUUCACCCUGAACCAAGAUGAGGCUGUUGCCCGCGGAUGCGCCUUCUGCUGCGCUAUCCUCUCGCCAGUCUUCCGUGUCCGUGAUUUCUCCGUCCACGACAUGGUCAACUACCCCAUUGAAUUCACAUGGGAAAAGUCAGAGGACAUUCCCGACGAGGACACCAGCCUCACCGUCUUCAACAAGGGCAACGUCAUGCCAUCCACCAAGAUCCUGACCUUCUACCGAAAACACCCCUUCGACCUGGAGGCCAGGUACGCCAAGCCUGAACAGCUUCCCGGAAAGAUGAACCCCUGGAUCGGCCGUUUCUCCGUCAAGGGCGUCAAGGAGGACCCCAAGGGCGAUUUCAUGAUUUGCAAACUCAAGGCACGCCUCAACGUGCACGGUGUGCUCAACGUCGAGUCUGGAUACUACGUCGAGGAGACCGAGGUCGAGGAGCCAAUUCCCGAGUCUCCAUCAGAGAAGAAAGAGGGUGAUGUACGUUUUUCUGAAUUUCCUAAUGAUUCGAGUACCAGCGAGCAAAGUUCAGCAGAACGUGCUGCGAAACGAUACAAGCUUAGCGAUGAUUCUGCAAUGGACGUGGACAAGGAUGCUCCUCCGGAGCCACCGAAGAUGCGCAAGGUCAAGAAGCAGCUCCGCAAGGGAGAUCUGCCUCUGUCUGCAGGCACUGCUUCGCUUGACGAUGCCUCCAAGCAGAUUGCGGCUGAGCGCGAGAACGCCAUGAUUAUGGAGGACAAGCUCGUUGCCGACACCGAAAACGAGAAGAACAACCUUGAGAGCUUCAUCUACGAGCUCAAGGACAAGAUUCUCGACGUCUACGCUGAGUUUGCCAGCGAUGACGAGAAGGCCAGGCUCAACCAGAAGCUCGAGACCAUCGAGGAAUGGUUAUACGACGAGGGCGACGAUGCGUCAAAGGCACAAUACGUCUCCAAGAAGGAGGACAUCCGCUCCAUUGCCGGUCCUAUCAUCCAGCGCUACAACGACAAGAUUGAGGGUGAGAGGCAAGCCGCCAUGGAGAAGCAACAAAAGGAGCACGCUGCCAAGCAGGCUGAGCUGGAGCGCGCAAAGCGGGAAGCCGAGUCUAAGAAGCAGGCUGACGCGCCACCUGCUGAGGACUCAAAGGAUACCGAGAUGGCUGAUGCCGAGGGCCAAAAGGCCGACGGCGCUGAGUCCUAG